AUGACCCAGAACAAGACUCUUAUUUUCAAGAAGAUCCCCGAUGGCCUCCCCGUGGCGGGAGAGCAUCUCACAGUGGAGGAUCGCCCGAUUGAUCUUGACGAUGCCCCCGAGGGUGGCUUGGUAGUCGAGGUCCUAUACGCAUCCUUUGACCCAUACCUGCGGGGUAAAAUGCGUGACCCAAGCAAGAAGUCCUAUUCCCCGCCAUUCGACCUCGACGGACCGAUUACCAACGACACCAUUGGUAAAGUUCUCAAAAGCAAUAACUCAGACUUUCCAGAGGGCAGUCUGGUGGUCGCCCACACGCCUAUCGCGGAGUACGCUCGUGUGCCACCCGCCAUCUUGCAGCGGGGUCGCAAGAUCCACAACCCCCACAACCUGGACCUCGGGCUGUUUCUCGGGCCGUUGGGCAUGCCCGGAUUGACCGCAUGGUCUGGCCUGCACAAGAUCGGACAACCCAAGAAGGGUGAGACAAUCUUUGUUAGCUCUGCCGCUGGCGCUGUCGGGCAGAUUGUUGGGCAGAUUGCCAAGCGCGAGGGGCUUACAGUUAUCGGCUCUGUUGGUUCGGAUGAGAAACUUGAGUUCAUCACCAAGGAAUUGAGAUUCGAUGCUGGUUUCAACUACAAGAAGGAGAAGCCCAAAGAUGCGCUCCCGCGAGUGGCACCUGAUGGUAUCGACAUUUACUUCGAGAACGUUGGUGGCGAGCACCUCGAAGCAGCUCUGACGAGCAUGAAGGUCGGAGGGCGAGUUCCUGUGUGCGGAAUGAUCGGCAAUUAUAACCUUCCGCCUGAUCAGCAGGAAGGCAUCAAAGGUUUGAUGCAGCUGGUAUCCAAGCAGAUCACUUUGGAAGGAUUCCUUGUCGGUAACCCCAAAUUUGGCCCUGCUCACUUCAAAGACCACCAGGAGAAUUUGCAAAAGUGGCUGGCAGAUGGAAGUGUCAAGGCCAAAAUCUCUGUUACGGAGGGUAUCGAGAAUGCCCCUGAUGGUCUCAUUGGCCUGCUUGUUGGUAAGAACUUUGGCAAGGCUGUGCUAAAGGUGAAAUAG